CUGGCAGCCAUAGAGAGGGCCAAGCAGGUCACCCCCCCAGAGAUGAACUCCAUCAUAAGGCAGCAGCUCCAGGCUCACCAGCUGUCUCAGCUCCAGGGUCUCGCCCUGCCCAUGACCCCCCUGCCGCUGGGCCUCAGCCAGCCGAGCCUCCCCGCCGUCACCACCUCCUCCGGCCUCUUCUCCCUCUCCUCCCUGCUGGCCUCCCAAGCCCAGAUGGCCAAGGAGGAGAAAGCGUCCCGCGAGGGCGUGGACAGCCACCGCGAGGAAGAUGGAGACAAGUCCGAUUAGAGAGGUGUCCCCCAUUCAGCUCUGUUUUUGUCCAGAGACCUGAACACCCAGAUCUGAGCCCCCUUUGGCCUCCAGCCUCUCCCCUGGUCUCUCUCUCUCUCUCUCUCUCUCUCUCUCUCUCUCUGACCUUAGCUAACAGGCUUCAGUCCCACCGCUACAGACCCCUAAACUCCUCCUUUUAACGGGAGGGCUUCGGCACCUGCCCCUUAAAUCAGACUAGCCCUGAUCGCUUCAUAUUUACUCCACUUGUUUCUUUACCGCCAUCACAGCGUCUCCUGUUUCUUCAAAUACUUUCUAUGUGAUUAAGUUUCAGUAAUUUUGUGUUUUACUUUUUUAAAUCAAGACUGCUCUCUAUCAUCCUGUCUCCUGUUUCUUUUUGCCUCUCUUCCUCCCACUCUCACACACCUCUUGCCUCUGUUCUAGGCGGGUCCUUGUUAUACUGAACUCAACUCACACUAGGUGUUAAAACAGUAGGAGUCUUUGGCGAGCUGUACAACUUCAAACACACAGGAUUCCUCCAAGCUGAUGUUUUUCCUAAGAAAUGGGUCUGACAGAUCUGUAGUGGUGAUAUGUGGUUCAGUACAGUAUGCAUGCAUUCAUUACAGUCCAAACCGUGGACUGUUACAGAUCAGAAGUGUUUCAAAAUGCCAACAUGUCCCGCUUAAAGAUGGAAACGUCCCGUACACACACACACACACACACACCAAAAACGGAUGUAUUCAGAAGACAUCUACCGUACAGAAACUAGAGAAAGGAAAAGCACCUUCUUCAAAUAAACAUCCUACUGAGCGACUCGGAGUACAUAACAAACCCACUUAAGUAAAUAAACCCCCCCCUUGUUAUUGUUGAUCCUCAUCUGACCCUGUGAGGUGCGUUAGAUAUAUCCUCCCUCAGCUGAAAGCCUUUCUCCGGUGGUUGAAUGAACGGAGAUGCCGCCUGACUCCCACCACCUUCUGCAUCUUUAAUGUGCACUAAUAUUAGCACAGAGGGGGAGUGUGUGUGCAUGUUGUGUGUUUGACAGCAGAGGGCAGUGUGUGUCUUCCGCCUCUCAGAGCAAAAGGAGGACAGGACAAUGACAGAGUGCAGGCCGUGU